AUGAAAUGUGUUAUGGGAGAUGGAAGAAAAAUUGAAUUUUGGACAGAUUAUUGGACCGAUCAGGUUUCACUUAAAUAUGCGUUCCCGAGAAUUUAUGCGAUUGCGGUAAGAAAGCUCGGAAAGAUAAGUGAGUUUGGAAGAUGGGAAAAUGGAGCAUGGUUUUGGAGUAUUAAGCUGAGAAGACCCCUGUUCGAAUGGGAAAAAUCUGUGUGGUUGAUUUUCAUUCAAGUUCUGAACAAAGCUGUUAGUGAUAGUCAAGGAGUUGAUAAACUGAAAUUGUUGGGUGCGGUAGGUAGGAAGUAUACUCCUAAAGCUUAUUGCUUAAAGAUGGCAUGCGGUGGAAUGGUGGAAAAUCACAUAUGGAAAUUGGUAUGGUUCAAAUUGCCUUCUCCCAAAGUAGCUGCAUUUGUGUGGAGAGAUGUUCAUCAAAAAAUAACGGUCAUUGUAGAAUUGGAAAAAAGAGGAGUCCGAAAUCUUUCGUUAUCAGUUGAUGAUUCUGUAGAUGCGUGGUCAGAGUUCCUAGUUGUCAUUUGUCUUAGUAGAGUGUAUGGGCAGGGGAAGGGUAUGCGGUUUGAUUUCUUCCACUUAGUUGUUCGUAGGUUAAGUGAUUGUUGGAGAAUUUUAGUUGCAACCAAACAAGGGAAGAAAAAGGAUAAAUUAAGUAAGACGAAAAGAAAAAGUAAAGAGAAAAACGCUAGCGUUGGAACCGUUGAUAAGCUUGUUGAUGAGAACGAAGUUCAUGCUCAAGACAAAUUUAGGAAAGAUAGAAAAAAGAAAUCAAAUGGUCAGUUGGUGGACAAGAGUAAAGCAGCUCAGGAGGAUGAAGUUUAUGAAAUACCUUCUGGAGACGAUGAUUGCUCAAAAGGAAUGAAAAAAUGGUUUACAGACUACCACCAAAGCAGACCUGGCUUGAAGGUAUUGCAACAAAGGAUUGACGACUUUAUAAUUGCAUACGAGGAAAAACUUGAACAGGAAAAGAAAGAAAAGGAGGCUCGUCUUACGGAAGGGGGAUGGAUACUUGUUGAACAUCAUAAAGGAAGGAAAAAGACCACAGACUCCGAAAGUGGAACUACGGUAGGUUCUUUUUCCCAGGCUGCUGUGGAGGAGAAAUUAGCUAAGAAGAAGAACAAAGAGGUCUCUGAUUUCUACCGCUUUCAGAAAAGAGAAACCCAGAGGAAUGAACUUUUGACACUCCAAAGCAAAUUUGAGCAGGAUAAGAAGCGGAUUCAACAGAUGAGAGCCGCACGGAAGUUUCGACCUUAUUGAGAUCGAAGAGUGGAAUCUAAUCUCUCUUUGAUGGUUUCAUCAUUGCUGCAUUUGAGAGAUGGAAUCCUGAAUACCCAUUUUGUGCAAUAUGUGGUUUCAUACUAUACUGGAAAAUCGGCUGCACUCUUUCAACCAGAAAUUUACAAUUAUAUCAACAAUUACAAUCAUUAAGAAUCUUAA